AUGACAGAAGUAUACACCAAUGGCCACUCGCAGGCUCCCGCCACGGCGUCCGAUCUACUCUCCCGCUGCCAAACCCUCCUCUCCGAGCUCGAGAUGUUCAAAGAAUACCUCAAGUCCCGCAAACAAGACCACCAAGUCGAAAUCGCCCACUUCCGUAACACGGUGAAAUCUGAAUUGCGGACUCUACAGCGGCUUGCCUCUGCUUCUUCCGACGACGAAAAUACAAACCAACACACUGUCAACUCCUCGAACCUGCCCUUUUUGGAGUCGGUAUGGAGAGUCGUCAAGAACAACAAUGGACUACAGGCCAUGCAGAAAAGAUUCUACUGGCAGCUCAAAGGCCAGAAACGAGGCCAAAAGAAACAAAAUUCGGCUUUGGUCGAUGUCGUUGCCGGAGAUGGUUUGGAGUGGUUUAAGGUCUCGCUCUUGACAAACAAUCGCUUGUUGUUUGACAAGGCAAAAUUGGGCUGGGAGGACGCGUCGAGCAGCGACGAGGAAGAGGACGAAGAUGGUCAAAAUGACAAAGUUGCUCCCCCUGAGGACAACGAGGAUGAUGUGCCUUUGAUCAAGAUGACCAAGGAUCUGGUUAGAGCGGCCAAGGAGGUGAGGAUUCGCACGAGGUCACCGAGGAUCACUCUGGUCUUGCCAAAACUGAAAGAGGGAGAGGUCGCCGAGAUUGACAAGAUAUUGGAUCAGUUGCGGGCUCUGGCCUACCCAUCUGUUCCCUUCGAAAGCGUAAUGCCACACCUCCUCACCGAUCCUUUCGCUACCUUUACCUCCUCACUAAACAUCGACUGCACUAUCCUACUCGCCCUCGUCAGCGACUUCAGCCACUGCUCUGUCACCACCGAACCCUGGUUCCACCGCGCCCUAAAACGCCAAGUCGAGAUCGAAGACGAGGAAAACUUGCUCCCCAACCUUCUGUAUCCCGCUCUGGCGAACAGAGUACUGCUGUGUACCGAUGAGGCUGCGAGAAGAAUGAGAGAGAUUGUGGAUACCAUCGGCACUGCCGGCGAGAAGGAGAGAACCAAACUGUUCAUGGGUGAUACCGAGCUUUCCGCUGCGCAACUGCGUGAGGAAUUGGAAAAGCAGAGUCGUUUUGAGGUUCCUGCAUCUCUGAGGCUGCCGAUUGUGACGCAGGUGCCUGAGGAGGAACCGACGACACUGCCACCGUCAGCCAAAGCUGUUAAAGAGCAACUUACCUCUAUCAACCAGAGUGUGUUUUUGCAUGGUUGGGCAAGAGGAAUCACUACGGUCACAAGUAACCGGACAGUGGUCAAGCAAAUCGAGAACAUACUUGCCAAAGAAGCGAGUGAUGAAAAGGAAUGGCCACUGAUCUGGCUGUGCCCGACAGCAAGAUCUCUCGUGGGAAAAGAGAAGGGUAGAAAGGAUUGA